GUUUGAGGCCGCACAGCCGAAAGAUCUCACAGGAUGAAGGGAUGGCACCGCUGCCUCGUGUGCCAAAAGGUCUUUGAGCGCGAAGAGACGUGGCUCCAGCACGUCGACCGCCACGAGACGCAGCGCUUGAACCGCGAGAAGCGCUUGCGGAGCGAAGACAUCGACCAGCGGCUGGGCCCAUUGCUGCCCCGCGCCACCGAGGCUCCCGUUGCCCGCCCGCGUUUUGCGCCGCCGCAAGCGUAAUGCAUGCAUUUGCUCUAGUCGCCGACACUCGCGUAGCAUAUAAUCCAUGUAUUGAUGACGAUGCAACAA